GCAAUAUUUGUUCAACCCCGAAACCCUCCCAUCUACCUCCCUCUCUGUUUCGUCCAAAACUCUCCUCCUUCGUGACGGAAGCCUCGCAAUAGUCGCAAUUGGAGUUAGCUGAGAACUGAAGGACAGUAGCGCGGCUUACAGAGACCCGAAACUCCCAUUUUUUAUCCUCUCUCCGCUGCUCUCCUACCCGAAACCAUUGAGGAAGACAGGUCGAAAACAUCGAUCGUCGUUUCGAGUUGCUGAUCGGAUCCGUGAGAAUCGUCGUCCCUCGAAUCUGUUCGACAUCAAUCGCCCCUUUUAACUCCGGCGAUCUCAUCUGCAAGCGUUUUCCGCUUUCCAACAUCUUUUUCUACGGAUGGAGUCUUACCCUUCUGUUAAAAACAUUCUUCUUCUGGACUCUGAGGGGAAGCGUGUUGCUGUUAAGUACUAUGCUGAUGAUUGGCCAACCAAUGCUUCAAAGCUAGCAUUUGAGAAAUCUGUUUUCACCAAGACGCAAAAGACAAAUGCUCGAACUGAAGCUGAGAUAGUCAUGUUUGAUGGCUACAUUGUUGUGUACAAGUUCAUUCAGGACCUCCAUUUUUAUGUUACUGGUGGGGACAAUGAGAAUGAGCUUAUACUAGCAACUGUGCUUCAGGGAUUCUUCGAUGCAGUUGGUCUUAUUCUCAGAAAUAACGUAGACAAGAGGACAGCACUUGAAAAUUUGGAUCUGAUUCUUUUGUGCCUCGAUGAAAUUAUUGAUGGAGGGAUGAUAUUGGAAACUGAAGCUAGUGUCAUUGCUGGGAAGACCACCUCAGAUACCCUUGAUGGGAUGUCUUCAUUGUCUGAGCAGACUAUAACUCAAGCCCUUGCAACAGCACGCGAACACUUAGCCAGAUCCCUUCUCAAAUGAUGAGAUGAUCGAGCAAGCUCUGAAGAUUUUUUAAACUUGAUUGGAGAGUUUUUGUCAUGGAACUUGCGAGCUAUAUUCAUGUAGGUCUGGAAAAUUUUAUUUCUGUUAAAAUGCCCACCCAUAAACCUGAUGAACUUUGCAAAUUAUAGCAAAAAUUGCCAUUAGGAUUAAUGUUGUGUUAUUUUCAUUCAGGUAUUAAGAUGAUUUUCUUGUUUAUUAUACUCAAUUAUUCAUAUGUAUGAAGGUUUUAUUUUGUUUCCAGUUAUUAAAAUAUGAAACUAACUUCCAAGGGGCCUUAAAGGUGUUUGGAAGUUCAUGAGCACUGGAAACAGGAAUACUUAUCAUCUGAAAUCUGAAUGUAUUUUGAUUGGGUACCAAAAGCUUUCAACA